ACUCAACCUAUCCCCAAAAACAAUUCCUCAAAGCUACAAAAUGCCACGCCAACCCCCCAAUAUAACAAUAAUCCACCCGGACCUCGGUAUCGGCGGCGCAGAACGCCUCAUCAUCGACGUCGCCCUCGCCCUCCAAUCCCGCGGCCACAAAGUCACCAUCUACACCUCCCACCGCGACACGGGCCAUUGCUUCGACGAGGCGCGCGAUGGAACGCUCGACGUGCGCGUGCGCGGGGAUACACUCUUUCCGGGGAGUGUGGCGGGGAGGGCGCAUGUGCUUAUGGCGGUGUUGAGGCAGGUGCAUUUAACGAUUUCUGUGCUGGGGGAGUUGGCUACGGCUAGCACGGCGGCGACAGUGAGUGGCAAGGAGGGAGAGGAGGUAGAUGAUGUGUUUAUAAUCGACCAACUCGCGGCAUGUGCACCUAUUCUUAAACUUCUGGGCGAGCAUGCGACUCGCGGCAAACAGCGGAUUUUAUUCUAUUGUCACUUUCCGGACCAAUUACUCGCUCGUCGCGAUGAGCGGAGUACACUCCUCCGUCUUGCGAAGGGAAUAUACCGGUAUCCAUUCGACUGGUUCGAGGGGUGGGCGAUGAGCGCUGCGGAUCGGGUUGUUGCGAAUUCGCGGUUUACAAGGGGUGUUGUGGGAAGUGUUUUUGGGGGGAGUACGUUGGGAGAUGUUAGUGUUGUUUAUCCGUGUGUUGAUACGGCGGCGAAGACAAAGGAGAAGGGGAUUAAGGAGGGAGUGGAGGAGGGGGAGCUUUGGGGUGGGAAGAAGAUUCUGUUGAGUAUUAAUCGGUUUGAGAGGAAGAAGGAUAUGGGGCUUGCGAUAAGGGCGUAUCAUGGGCUUGGGGAGGAGAAGAGGAGGGGGACGAGGUUGGUUGUUGCUGGCGGCUACGACAACCGCGUCCAAGAAAACGUUCAAUACCACAAAGAACUCGACACCCUCGCCACAGCCCUCGGCCUCCAAACCGCAACCUCGAAAACCGUCAUUUCCGCGCUCUCCAUCCCCGACUCCAUCGACGUCCUCUUCCUCCUCUCCGUCCCCACCGCGUUCCGCGAUACCCUCCUCUCCCAGGCGAAACUCCUGCUCUACACCCCCGUCAACGAACAUUUUGGCAUCGUCCCUGUUGAGGCUAUGCAUGCUGGUAUUCCGGUGCUGGCGUCGAAUACCGGUGGGCCAUUGGAGACGAUUGUCGAGGGAGAGACGGGGUGGUUGCGUGAUGCGAAUAAGGUUGAUGACUGGACGAGUGUUAUGGAUAAGGCUCUUUACGGGUUAGAUCAAGAGAAGACCCAGCGCAUGGCUGUCGCCGGAAAGACAAGAGUUGAAGAUGAAUUCUCGCUAAGGGCGAUGGGAGACCGACUCGAAGAGAACAUUGGGGAAAUGCUGCGGAGCGAGAGACGCCCGUUUAACGGAUCGCAGCAGUUACUCAUGCUGCUGAGUCUGUCGGGCGUGCUUCUCUCAGUUCUCGCAUUCUGGGCUAUCAAGACGAUGUAGUUUCUUUUCCUUUUUUUUUUUUUUCUUUCUUUCUUU